AUUACACCGGACAAUACAUGCCACUUGACUGAUUGGGGAGACUGGAGAGUGAUGUCUCCCUCAUCCUCUUCUCAGCUAUUGUUUAAUGUCAAUGUCACGGAUUCCAUUGAAUCCAUUCUCUUCGGAUAUUGUAUAUAUGAUAGAAAAAAUCCAUUGGAAGAACCAAACUGAACAACCUUCCCAAUUCCAACCAUGCCCAGAUUACACCCCCAUCACCUCCUCCUCUUCACUCUUGCCAGCCUCUCCUUGUCUGCUGCUGCAACAUCUGCAGCCUACCCGACCAUCCCUGGCACCGCUGACCCCACCGACGAUUGCUCGGAACCCGAAAGAUUGGUCCCAGUCAGGCAGGAAGUGUAUGGGAAUGGGAAGAUAAUAGACAUCACCCACAGGAUAACACCAGAGCUACCUGCAUAUGAGACGAUGGGGACGGUCGGGCAGAUCCUGUGGCUGCCCAUCAGCAUAAAGAAGGGCAACCUCACCAACAACUCUGAGAUGAAACUGCCCUCGCACACCGGAACACACGUUGAUGCCCCUGGCCACGUCUUCGAUCACUACUUCGACGCAGGGUUUGAUGUCGAUACUCUUGAUCUUGAAGUCCUCAACGGUCCAGCGCUGGUGAUUGAUGUUCCAAGGGACAAGAACAUAACUGCUGAAGUGAUGGAGUCCCUGGAGAUUCCCAAGGGGGUGAGGCGUGUGCUUUUCAGAACUCUAAACACCGACAGGGGCCUCAUGUAUAAGAACUUUUUCGACACGAGCUAUGUGGGGUUCAUGGAGGACGGAGCUAAAUGGUUGGUAGAGAACACGGACAUCAAAUUGAUUGGUAUUGAUUACUUGUCUGUUGCUGCAUUCGAUGAUCUGAUCCCGUCUCACCUUGUUCUCCUCAAAAGCAGGGAGAUUAUUCUUGUGGAAGGCUUAAAGCUGGAUGAUGUUCCAGCGGGACUAUACAAUGUCCAUUGCUUGCCUCUGAGGCUGCCUGGUGCUGAGGGAUCGCCGAUAAGAUGCAUCCUCAUGAAAUGAUUGCUUAAGCAGCGCUGGGAGGUGGAUAAGCUGGAAAAGGAUAAGCAGCGGGCUGAGUGGGAAUAUACAGCAGUAAAGGAUGUGCAGCUGGAUUUGGAAGGUAGCAAGGCGGAGGAUGGAGGUGGGCUGGGUAAGUCGAUGGGGGUGGUCGGAAGGUGCCACAGGUGGAUGCAGCGGUGUAAAGUGAAGUAGUGCCACCUGCUGAAAGAGCAUGGUAAGGCAGACGGGGCACUGCAAGCUCUGUAAUAGAACAAACCAAGGCAAGUUGCUGCAAAUUCAAGACAACUGAUUGCAUACAUUUCCGUCUGUUUUGCAUCCUCGGGGCAUUCUGUUUCUGGAAAGGACUUGAAAAAUCAAACUUACCAUUGCGCUCGCAUAAAGGCUAAUAAUUUCUAUUCAAGAAGCACCAAGAAGGUGCAAAUGCAUAUACAAAAUGUGGAAAAGGACAAAUGAUUGUGUAGUGUGUUGAGUUAAAGUUAAAGUUAAAAUUUUUGAGUUGGGAAAUGUAUACUUUUGUUGUA